AUGGGUAAUCUCCUCUCCAACACCACUGUUUCUUCUGGUCUUCCUUCCCUUUCUUCCUCCGUCGAUGUUUCAGAUCCAGCUCAAGUUGCGUUGCUUCACCUGAACUUCCGACAGCCUUCCCUCGCCAGCCAUCUUACAAAGGCCACCUCGAUGGCCAUCACGAACGGUGAGUACAUGAACUUUACUACCCUUUUACCAAUGACCUCCCUUGUGACGGACACCAUCCAUUCCCAACUUAACCUUAAGGUAGGCGAUGAAGGUUUAACAAUCCCUCCUCUUCCAAACGCCCCAAAAUCAUCGCUAUUGAUUGGUGGCUCGAUGCCUUCAUCAUCUAUUUCACAGUUAUAG